GGGAGAGGAAGAGAGGAAGAGGAGAGAGAAGAAGAAUUAAAGAGAUUAAAGAAGAAGAAGAAGAAGAAGAAGAAGAAGAAGAAGAAGAAGAAGAAGAAGAAGAAGAAGAAGAAGAAGAAGAAACACUGUUGUCUUCUUCACUUUCAUAUUUUCUGGUAGAUCUGGAAGACCACAGUAAUGAUGUCCUGUUUCCGCGGCAACUGGGAUGACUUUUAUGGAGAAGUCCUCCUAUUGGACGAGAGGAAGAUCACUCUGACGUCUGAGCAAGGCAUCAAGAAAUCUUCCAAGGUGGCGGCCAUCUUGGAUCAGGUGUUUUCUCACCUGGACGUCACUGAAGUCGAGUUCUUCGGUUUGAGGUUCUGCGACAACAAACAGCAGACGCACUGGUUGGAUCCUUCAAAAACUAUUUCACAACAUCGAGACCUCGUCGGGCCUCCGUACAUUUUCUACUUUGGCGUAAAGUUUUAUGUCGAGGAUCCGUCAAAGCUGAAGGACGAAACUACACGGUAUCAGUUUUACCUGCAGGUUCGUCAGGACGUCCGUCAGGGUCGUCUGCCGUGCCCCCCCCACCUCAGACCUCGACUCUCCGCUCUGAUGCUGCAGGCGGAGCGAGGAGACCAAAAUGAGGCGGAGCGUUCAGACUCAGAGGAGAACCAGGAAGUACAACACAUCUACAAAUCACUCAGCGGUGUCUCUCGUCCUCAGGCUCAGCAUCUCUUACUUUCUCUCUGCAGCUCUCUGCAAAUGUUUGGAGUCUCUCUGUUCGCCGCCUACGGUGAAAACCAAACGGAGUACUUCCUGGGUCCGACUCCAGUGGGCGUGGUCAUCUACAAGAACAAAGUGCUGGUGGGGAAAUAUUUCUGGCAGAGAAUCACCAAAAUUCACUUUAAAGACGAAACAUUUGAGCUCAGGAUCGUCGGGAAAAAUGGUUCAGAGACGUCGUUCUUCUUCCAGACGUUGCAUCGAUCCGACUGUAAACGUCUCUGGAGGUGUUGUGUUGAACAUCACGCCUUCUUCAGGAUGUCGGAGUCGAAUCCAUUGACAUGCAAACUGAAACACAACAGUUUUGCUCGUUCGUCCACUCUGUCUCUUCCUCGGCUGAAUGUCGGUCUGCUGAGAAACAAAACGUUUAACAACAAGAAAACAACAACGGAUCAGAGACCAAAACGUGACAACUCCGCCUCCUCUCCUCCAGCCAAUCAGAUAGCGAGUGUCCCCAGUGAACCAAUGGAGAUGCAGGCGGCGCCACCUGCUGUUCAGAGGUCAGAGGGCGGGGCAGAGCAGGAUCACCUGAAGCCCAGUGCACCAUGGGAAAACAGCGGCUCUCAGAGUGGACUCUUCAACCCAAAGUUUCCUAUAAACUCCAAAGAAGAAGAAGAAGAAGGUGGAGGAAAACCUCAGAGGCGGAGCAGAAGUCUGGACGGGGAUCGACCAAUCAGACAGCGGGGGAGGAGGUCUCAUUCCCACGGCAACACAAGCAGCGGCAGCGAAUCACAGAACACAGCGAGUAACAGCGAACAACGCAGAAGAAGAAGAAAGAACCGCGAUCGCCAUGGUGACCGGAGGCGUGAUUCCAGAUCACGGAGUCCCGAUGCUGUUACAUGGAAACACAUCCAGAAGCAGCUGGCGGAGCCCGAAGGUUUGAUUGACAGACAAACGGAGGAAAUACCUUAUAAGGAAGUGAGAGUCUCAGGGGAGCCAAUCAGAACGCGCCGUUCUCCGAGGGGCCCGCGACAUCAUAGGUGGGCGUCGGCUUCAGACCUCCAGUCAAAGAUGGACCUGGUUCCUCCUCUUCCUGUUACCAAGGCAACCGACACUUCCUUCCAUUUACCAACAAGUCCCUGAGGCAGCCGUUGACUCAACAGUUUUACAUUUCAUUUCAUUUUACCUGUAAAUCAUUUAGCCGCUGGCGCUAAACUUGUUCACUCUCGGUUAGCGGCGUGCGCUAAGCUAACCAGGAAUUUAGGCUGCGUUGUGCAGUUCAGAGUGGGCGUCUCCGGCAUUCGCCAUCUUGGCUGUGACGAGACAUCAAGAAAAUAGUCAAAGAGGUGGAUCGUAGCUAGCAGCUAGCAACCUCAGACAACACACACCUGUCACUCAAACAGGCCACGCCCUUAAUUAUGCCUGACUCUAAGCCUUAAUAUAAUUAAAACGGUUUUAAUGUGUAAAAAAUAAAUAAAUUGAGAUUUGUUUGUAAAAAAGUGUUUUAUUUCCUCAGACGAUGAUUUUAGAACAAUCUGAACAAUGUUAGCUCUGUUAGCUCUGUUAGCUCUGUUUGCUCUGUUUGCACUGUUAGCGACAAGCAGCGCCGCCAUGUUGAGAGCCGUUAAGAGACAACAGAAAUACAACCAAAUCUCGUGUUAUAUAAGACUUUCAACGAGC